UCUCCCAUCGUUUUCACUUUUACGCUUCAGCUUCGCUCUUCAGCAAGUCAAGUGCAGUGGCCGACCAAGAGAGAGCUUAGUUUCCUGGAUUUUUUGAAAUUCCAUUUUCCCGCAUUUCCCAGGCUACCAAACAGGGGGUUAAAAUGGAGUCUUUAUAUGCAAAACUGUACGAUAAAUAUGACAAACUCAAGAAGAGAAAACUGUCUGAAAUGGAUGACAUACAUAGAGAUCAAGAAGAGAAAUUCUUGAAUUAUGUGCGUGCUGCAGAGGAGUUGAUACAGCACUUGAAGAGUGAAAAUGACAAAUUAAAUGCUGAAGUUAAUGAGUUGAGAAGUGAAGUGGCCUCUGUAAUGUCCAGCAAGGACAAGCAAUGUGCAGACUACCAAAAGCUUUUGAUUGAAGAGAGCCAGAAGUAUAAAGCACUUUCUGAAGAAGUUACGAGGCUGCAAAAUCAUCAAGAGGGACAUUUUAAGGGUGACAAUAGAGAUAAUAUACCAACUGUCUCUCCUAGAAGUGAACAAGUUGUGGCGGAAAGGGUUUCUGCUAACAACACUAGAAUGAUGACAAGAAAGCGUAGCAGGAAAUCAGCUGCUGAGACCAAAGAUAGCAUCGUUACUCCUGAUUCAGCUAAUGGUAAAGUUACCACAUCAUGUGCUUUGACAGAAGACCUUCCUGAGAAAGCUUUGUCCUAUGAGGCUCUUUCACAUGUUCGGCUGCCAGAAUGCUGUAAAGGCAGUAUAAGUGAAAAUGCCACUGAUCGUGGAACUUGUCUGCUUCAAGCUCUUAUCGAGUGCUUAGUGGGUAUGAAAAUAUCCACCGUUAACCAAACUGAAGGACUAUGCAUUUCAGCUCUGCAUCAAUCAAGCGGUUACUCAUUCAGCCUAACAUGGAUAAACAAAAGAGGCGGGGAGGAAGCUGAGUUGGUGUACCGGGUAUCGUCGUUAGGGACAUUUGAGAGGGUGGCGCCAGAGUGGAUGAGGGAUGUCAUUAUGUUCAGCACAAAUAUGUGCCCCAUUUUCUUCGAGAGAUUAACUCGUGUAAUCAAAUUGCAUUGCUAGCUGGCAAGCUUUUCUCUCCUUGGUCUUUGAACCAGACGUGAAGAACAUAUGUAUAACAUUGGUGAUAACAAACAGUUAUCGUAUUAUUACCGACUAAACCUA